ACAUGAUCAACCGGUAAGUAAUAAUAUCAACCGAUGUGCAUAUGUUAACUGAGUGCUUCAAGAUUAAAAUCAAGCUGGAUGCUGCUUAAUCAGAGAUAUGGCUGAAAUAAAAGAUACUGUUGAGUGUUGGACCGGGGAGAUGUCGGCCCUCCUCGCCAAGUCCCCGGCGCAUGCAGCCAAACACUGCCACGAAUACGAGAAUGUUGUCCUGGCAUACUACAUCCCAAAGAAAGGCAUCGAACAGACGAAACGAUUCAAAGUUCGUCCGGACGACGUGUUUGUCAUCAGCUAUCCCAAAGUAGGAACAACGUGGCUCCAGCAGAAUGUAAUGUUGGUACAGCUUGAAGGGGAUCUCUCAUUCUUCGAAGGGAAGCAUAUCAUUACGAUGGUUCCUUUCUUGGAAGUUUGCACUUUACCGGUGAAGAUGACGUACAAAGACAAGGAAGAGGUAAUGUCUGGACCAACAGGUGCGGAAAUGGCAGACGCUAUGCCAACCGAUACACCUCGGAUACUAAAAACACACGUGGUCCCAAGAUGGCUCCCUGACGGACUCAAAGAUAAUCCUCUAGCGAAGGUGCUGUACAUGGCUAGGAACCCAAAGGAUACGGCUGUUUCUGGAUAUCAUUAUUGUCAACUGGUUAAGCCACUUCCGACGUAUACGUGGCAUGAAUUCUUUGAGGAGUUCAUCGCAGAUAGAGCUUUUUACGGUUCUUGGUUCGAGCAUACUCUUUACUGGUGGAAGUUCAGGAAUCAUCCCAACGUUCUCUUUCUCAAGUAUGAAGACAUGAAACAGGACCUGAGGAAAGCCGUGAUUCAGAUCACCGAGUUCAUGGGGAAAUCUUUACCAGACGACGUCAUUGAUCGCAUCGUCAACGCGUCAAGUUUCAAGUUCAUGAAGAGUAACAAGAGUAUGAACCCCGAUUUCGGUUUCAAAAAGCCUCUGGACCUCACCAAGGAGAAGUCAUUCAUGCGAAAAGGUAUGGUUGGAGAUUGGAAGAAUUACUUCACAGAAGAUCAAAAUCGUCGAUUUGAUAAACUCUAUGAGGAAAAGAUGGCCGGAUCUGGACUUGAAUUUCGAUUCGAUUGAUAAUCAUCACCACGAAUAUUUAUAUAUUGACUUUCUAGAUAAUUGUUUAUAUAUUUAUAUGCACUAAGAACACACUUAUGCUUGUAAACAUCACAAUAUUCAAAUUGGGUGAUUUCAAGUUCAGUUAUAUUGUUUUCGGUGAAUCUUACAGUAAUAUGAUUUUUUUCCGGGGGGGGGGAGCCAGUGGCGUAGCUACGGGGGGGGGGGGGGGGCUGGGGGGCACGUGCCCCCCCCCCUGAGAUUUGGUGUGCCCCCCCCCCCCAGGUGCCCCCCUGAAAAAAAUUGGCAGAGCAAAAAAAAAAGGAGAAAGAAGAAAAAAAAGUAAAGAAGAAGAAAGACAGAAGAAAAAAAAGAAGAGGAAAAUAAGAGGAGGAAGACGAGUGAAUGAAAUAAUGUGAAGGGAAGACUUGCAAAAAAAAAAACAAAUCUUUCAUGUUACUAUAUAAAACUUUUGCUUGCGCUUCGAGCCAGAAUUGCCUGUUCGAUGAAAUUCAUAUCUUGCUCAAUAGGCUGAUAUGGAGCAAGUUUUGAAGUCAAUAUACAAAAUAUAUUUUAGCUCGGACAUCGAGCUCUCAUCAUUUUUUUUCAUUAACAAAUUUAAGUGUUCUAGCUGUAAAAUGUCCCUUUUAUAGUCUACAUAUCAGCAUUUUUAAGCUCACGCUGCGUACGUGGUCAAAUUUUUUGAUUUGCCAAGUUCCUAUUGUCUACCUAUAUUUCAUAAUGUUCCAUUAAACAAAUGUAUUCAGACUGCCCAGAUUCUAGGUCUAAAUCUAAAACAUGCGCGAUAACCUGCAUGUUCUUUAUAUUAAAUGUACUUAAAUUAUCCAGUUUCACAUCAGAAUAUCAAUAAUUGUCUGCUCACGCUUCACGAUCGCAUUAUCAAUGAUACCCAAUUAACUAUAUCCUAUUUAUGAUUUACAAAAUAUGAAUAGAGUGUCCCGCUUUUAGGUCUAAAAUCUCAAUUUUCUUCCUCUCGCGCUUCGCGCUCGCAUCAAUUGUUUAGUUACAUACCUAUCCCCUUUAUUAAUACAAAAAGUGCUUAGAAUGACAAUUUUUUAGGUCGGAAUGUCAAAAAAAAAUUGCUCGCGCUUCGCGCUCGCAUUAUUGAAAUAUAUACCGUCUUCGUGGGUAACUGUAAGCAGUCCUUAACAGGUCCCUUUUCGAUAAUGCUAGAACAGUUAAUAAAAAUUUCUGCUUGCGGUUGGCCUUCGCAGUAACCAUCUAGUUACAUACGAAUCUUGUUCAGGAUCACACAUAACAUAUUGCACAGAAUAUUACAUUUUCAGGACAAAAUACAUGAAAGUAACCAAAACAAAUCGCUCGCGCUUCGCGCUCGCACUUUUUAUAAGGCUUAUGAGAUUAUUUCAUGUUUAUGUUGUUCUAUAAGCCUAGAAUAAAACUAAGAAGUGACUGAUCGGGGGAAAUAUAGGUGAAGAUAAUUUCGGGCCCCGUCCCCUAUUGGCGAAAGUCGGAUCCGCCCUUGUGACACAUACACACACAACAUAAAAAAUGGUGCCCCCUGAAAAAGCAAGGACCCCCCAGCGCCCCCCCCCCCCCCCCAGGAAAAAAAUCCUAGCUACGCCACUGGGGGAGGGGGUGGCUGCUGAUUCUAGUCCGAACUGUAUUGUAUUGUAUACUUUUCAACGAUAUUGUUGAAAUAAAGUAAGUCAUUAAGUCACAAAGUAAGUGAAUAAAAUAUGCAUUUUUUGGUAUUAUCAUCAUUGGCAUCAUGUGGUUAAAAUAAUGGAAAUCAGCUAUAUUCUUUUGCUAUUCAAAGUGUAUUAUUGGCCAAAUCUUUAAUUUUAGAUAUGUGUCCCUAUUGUAUCAUUAAUGGAUUACGUGUGUUGCGUAUUUUGAAAUACUUGGAAAUAAAGCACAUGUUAAACUCAC